CCACCCCUCGAAAGCCUUAAGUUCGGGGUGAACAACAGCCCCCACAUGCUAACGAUCGAAUGGCAGCGAGGCGCAGGCUGGGGCAAGCCCCAUAUCGAGCCCUUCAAAAUGUUCCAGAUCCACCCGUUCAACUCUACCCUGCAUUACGGGAUCGAGUGCUUUGAGGGGUUGAAGGCAUAUAAGCAGGGAAAGGAGCUGAUGCUGUUCCGGCCCGAGCUGAACAUGUACAGGUUCAAGCAGUCGGGCAUGUACAACAGCCUGCCGGAUUUUGAUGGGAAGGAGUUGCUGGCAUGCAUCGAGGAGUUCGUCAGGCUGGAGCACUCCUUCGUGCCGGACAAGUUCGGGUACAGUCUGUACCUGAGGCCGACCUUUAUCUCGACUGAGAACGAGAUCGGAGUCAGACAACCCAACAAGGCGAUGAUUUUUGUGGUGGGGUCACCGGUGGGGCCGUACUAUGCGGGAGGGUUCAAGCCGGCAACCUUGUUCUGUGAGGAGGAGGCUAUCAGGUGUGCGCCUGGUGGCUCGGGGGAAUUCAAGAUCGGGGGGAAUUACGGCCCGACUAUCAAGCAGCUAUAGCACAUCGCCACCUACAAAUGCGACCAGACUUUGUGGACUUUUUAGGGCCGGAUCUGCGAGGUCGGUGCCUCCAACAUCUUCUUCGUGGAAGGGGAGGGCGACAAGGCCAAACUGCUGACUCCCCCGCUCAAUACCAUGAUCCUGCCCGGUGUAACCAGAGACUCGAUCAUCGCUCUCUGCAAGGAAAAGGGAAUGGCCUGCGAGGAGGUGGAGCUGGACGUGCAGAAGACUCUUGAGGGCAUUGAAAGUGGCAGGAUUACAGAGGCGUUCGGAGCAGGGACAGCGGUGAUCGUGAACGGCGUGAAAACAAUCGUCCGGAAGCAAGGCAGCACAACAAAGCAAUACGACCUGAAGAACGGUACUACGAACCCAACCGCCAAGCUGCUGUACGAGCAGAUAAUCGGCAUCCAGUACGGCCAGUCCAACCACCCCUUCUGCCACAAGAUCGCGAGGCCGGACGCCUACCUCUGA